CCUCAGACGAUCGAUUGUUGGUCAUGUUUUUUGGUCUAUUGUCAUGAUAACUUCCUUGUUCAGAAUGAAAACAUCCUGUCAAGCAACCCAUUCCACAGAUACUCGGCUUUUUACUUCAUUCUUCCUUGAGCUACCGACAACGGAGUAGAAGGAUAUCCUGACAGAAGUGCUAACAAUACCAGAACAGUCCAUGAAUUUAACCAUCCAUGGUUCCAAACACUGAUUAUGUUCUUUGGAGAGAUGAUAUGUUUAGGUGGUUAUUGUAUUGUAAGGAAGAAAGAAAGAGAUAAAAGGAGAAAAGAGUAUGCUGAACAAAACAAAGAUAUGACAGAUAUUCCUCCUCAACCAAGAAUAGUACAGUUAAUUAUAGCAGUACCUACCAUGUGUGACUUAAUUGGUACAUCAGUAGCUGGAAUAGGACUUAUAUAUGUUGAUGCAUCAGUGUGGCAGAUGUUACGAGGAUCGAUCAUCAUAUUUGCAGGAAUUUUAUCAAAAAUAUUUUUGAAAAGAAAGUUACGAGUAGUACACUGGUGUGGUAUGUUAGUAACAAUGAUUGGAUUGGUCCUUGUAGGAUGUUCCAGUGUAUUUAAAUCUCAACAUACUGCUGAAGGUUCUAAAACUAUUCUAGGUAUAAUAUUAAUUCUUGCUAGUCAAGUUGUCAGUGCUAGUCAGAUGGUUAUAGAAGAAAUGUUUCUGAAAAAGAGAAGUCUCCAUCCAUUACAGGUAGUUGGGACAGAAGGAAGUUUUGGUGCUCUACUUAUGAUAGCGGUAGUUUUACCAGUAAUGUAUUUUAUACCAGGAUCAGAUGUUAAUAACAGUUAUGAGAACAGUUUAGAUGCUAUAUACCAGAUAUUCAGUGAACCAAGACUUUUAGUGUUCUGUCUUCUAUAUUUAUUAUCUAUAGCAUUUUAUAACUACUUUGGAUUGGCUGUAACUAAAUCUUUAACAGCUGUACACAGAACAUUAAUUGAUGCCUGUAGAACUAUAUUGGUUUGGGUUGUAGAUCUACUUAUCUUUUAUGCUUUUGACAAGGAUUUUGGAGAACCUUUUGACAAGACAUAUGGACUACUUCAAGUUGAUGGAUUCCUCUUUCUGCUGAUUGGCACUGCUCUAUAUAAUGAACUUGUGGUGGUUCCCUGUAUACCUUGUUUGAGGAAACCAGUACCAAUACAGGAAGUAGAUGUGGAAACUCCUCACCGUGGCAACAUACAAUAUGCUAGUGACUCAGAUGAUGACAUAACAAGACCAUUAUUACAAGAUAAAAAAUAAAAGUUAACUUUAUGGCAUUCAUCAAACAAAAAAUUAUAUACAAAUUGUAUCAUGAAAGUUAUAACAUUGUAAGCUUUGUAUAUUUUUUUAAUAAUUUUUGUACAAAAGAAAAUUCUCCACCUUGAAAAAUCUAAGGGAAAAAGGGUUCUUAUAUGACAGCAUUAAAGAAAGGAUCAUAUAGCAUUAGAUUGAUUGAUUGGUGUUUGACGUCACUUUCAUUGUGCUAUUUUGUUGUGGUCAGUUUUUAUGUAGCAUUAGAAGUUAAGUCUUAAUGGUUGUACUAAGUAUCAUACACAAAAUACUCAAAUUUAGAAUUUUUUUCUGUAAUAUAUUUAUGCAAUGUGAACUUUAUCUUUAUAAAACUGAUAUUUUUGUAAAAUUGAUUUGAUGAUGUUUUUUAAGAGUACAUAUAUAUAUACCCACAUCUCCUUUUAUGUUUGCCUUUUGAUACUUAGCAAGCUGCUCUGUUAAUAUUAUUAACAAUUGGAGCUUGGCAUAUGGUAGACUCUUAGCUAUUGUUGAAUACUGUAUGUUUGUUCUCAAGAUGUUUUUUCUGGUUUAAUCACUUUAUAAUGUUUCUGUCCCAUUGAUGUUUACCCGACCACUAUUUUUUGUUAAGUUACUGCUUACAAUGUAAGAUGAUAAAAUGGCUAUGAUUGAUGAUUGCUUUAUGGUGUUUUAACACCACUUUCAGCACUGUUGGCUAUUUCAUGGCAGUCAGUUUUUAUUGGUGAAGGAAGAUGGAGUGCCUGGAGAGAACCACUAACCUUUUACAGGAAAACUGGUGAUCCUAGUCAAUUAAGAUGGUAGUUGAACGGACCUGCCACCUGCAGGGCUGGAACUCACAACCUCAGUGUUGACAGGCUAGUGAUAGAUUAAUAGAUCUAUUUAGACCACUCAGCUAUGUAUUAAUUAAAAAGUUAUAGGAAAUUUUCAACAUAUUUCUGAAGUAAUGUUUAUAAUUGAUAAAAAUCUCAAAUUUAUUAAGACUUCCCAAAUGCAGGUAUUAAUGUUAAAUUGUAUAUUCAAGUACUCUGUGGGCAAUACUUUCAUGUUUUUGUGUUUUUGUGUUGUGUUUGGUUACCACCUUUACAUCUCCUUUUGCUCUUAAUGAGUUGUGUAAAUAAAAAACAGGCAUUAUGUUCAUUGUAUAUGAAAGGUUGUACACAAGAUAUUUCAUGAUUAUAUUUGAAAUAUUUUUGUUAAUAUUUAUUUAUUCCAAUAAAAUUUUAAACAAAAACGUUUUGAGUUUUCCACUUUGCACAUGGAUC